AUGUCCUGUCCGCAAGAAAAUCAUUCUGGCUGGCGAGCAGGAGGCCAAAAUUCUUCCAUAUAUAUCCCACCUGUGUGCCCUCCAAAGCCAACAUCGACGCUUCAGCAAGAGUUGGAUAGGAUGGAAAGAGUUACCCAAGACCUUGCACGACUAGUCAAGAUAGGCUUCAGCCCCAAGAGGGGUGGCUCGCCAGCCCCUAGCGAUAGCAGCGCUGAAUCUAUCCAGACUCAGGUGCUCGCAUGUAACCAGGUCCAGAAUAAUAGCCACGGACUAGUAGAUGGCCCGGUCCUCGGUUCUGGAGUGACGGUUAGCCAAUUGUCGGCAUUUCUUCAGCGGCGCUUAGCAGAACACCAAUCCCACAUCAAAAACGCUCCCGGAAUUGCAACAAAUAUCCAGACUCUGCUUAUUGAUGAAUGUCGUAUUAUCAGCCAAGACUAUAAUAAGGAACAGCGACUCCUUCAGCAGCGCUUUGACCAGAUCUACAAUGAAAACGUUCACGUGAAGACCCAGCUCGGCAACGCCCAACGCGAACUUGCAGAUCAUCACAACAGAUCGAAGGCUGAUAUUUCUGAUGGCAACGAACCCAAAGAAGAGAGAGAUACCGUGUCACUUCAGUCGCAGGUGAAUGAGCUACUUCAUGAAGCUCAAAAGCAUGAAAAGGAAUGGCUUAAUAUACUUGAACAAUCGCGAGUCGCCAACGAAGCACUGUUGAAGAGGAUUAAGGUUCAGGAGGAGCAGCUCAAUGGAAAGCGAGCUUUGUGGGUGGAAUCGAAUCCCAGGUCAAGUGCACACCGUGGUGCUAUGACAACCAUCAAUAAUUCCCUUGCUACUCCAUCCACAAGUCGCGGGGCCAGCGUCAGCAGUGGCCACUGGCAGAUGUCCACCAUGGCCAACUCUCCCACACCGGGUUUGUUGACUACUGCUUCCGGCAAUGGCUCAUUUGGCAAGGGUUCCUUUGGAAAGCAUUCACGCAGCAAGUGUCCAUGGGCUGCACCUCAUCAGGCUGCUGCACCUAACAAUCCCGCAAAUAUUGGCCCUCGACGUCGUCCGCAUCCAUCACCCGGCAGACGGAACCAGUCAGAGGCAUUGAAUGUCUCCGGUCCCGAGCAGCUAGCACAUACUCUCCUACAUGUUCCUAAUACCGAACACGGAGUCGCCCCUCUUAAUCUGCACCGCUCCCAGGCUUUGAUGCCUUAUAAUAUCAAUGAUGAUGAAAUGGCUGAGGAGUAUGCGGCUGCGCUUAUCAACUUCUAUCGGCUGGUCGAAGGCUGGGCCAAAACAUAUACGUCCACGCCGAACCUUGCUAAUGAUCGCGGCAUUGCGAGCUCCAACGUCAGUCUUUGGGCUUUUAUGAUGGACUGCACCUACCCAGGGUUCCGACAGGAUUCUCAUACCCAUGUCAUGACUCUGCUAGGAGAUCCAAACACUAGGUACUGGUUUGUGAUGAGAAUGUGCCUCACCGUUUGCGUCAAUGAGAUUAUUGACCUCAGAUCAUUUUAUGGUUACAGCGAGGUAAUGGAUAGAGAAAUUGACAAACUGAUGGUGAAGCUCCAGGAGCGAGGAGGCCAGGACAACGAUGGUCGCCAGAAGCUCAUUAAUCAGCGAGCGCGGAUAGUUCAACAUAUCAUCUCGGCUCCUGAUUAUCAGCGGUUUCGCAGUGACCAACUUACAGUUUAUUCGAAGCGCUUCCGUCAGGUGCUUGGGCCCAUGCUCGACGAUUCUAUCCAUCUUGGCGAAGCUGGAAGAGACGUCGGCGUAAUUGUAACCGCCACUUGGGAACUUGCAGCCAAACUGUACUCUGCACCGCUUACCUUCCAGAUCAAAUUUCCUCCCACGGCCUCCAGAUUCUCCACGGCCAAUAUGAUCGCCAAGAACCGACCAUACCAGGACGCUCUGCAAUUGCAAAUUAGCCAGGCUCGCCUCAAGCUUGUCAUUACUCCUAUUGCUACUCUCCGGGACGAUCGUAACACCACUAUCAAGGCCAAGAAUUUGCAUCGCUCCCUUGUUCUUACUAUGGACUAA